GACCUAAUAGGCACGUACGCAUUGUACGGCUGCCUUGGAGCCAAAGACUCUUCUCUUUUCCUGCUCAACGGGGAAAGGGGAGCGCUCCUUCACGCGCUCUCAUGGCGGCGGCGGUGGCGUCGAUGGCGGCGGCGAGUAGCGCCCGGCAUUCCAAGCGCGAUGGCGGUGGUGGGUGUGGGAGGGUCGUGCUGUGCAGCCCUGGGUGAGCCGCACGGCACCGCGCGGCGCCCUUUUCUGGUGGCCUGAACGAUCGAUCGAGGAAUCACUCUCGUGUAGUUGGAACUAUCGAUUCGUACAAUGCUGCGCUCGGCGAAGUUAUUACCUUUGUGCAAGGGCGCGAGGAACUGGCUCGUCGCUGGGACUGUGUAUGGACCGAAAGCCACUGGAGAUGCUAGCAACAGUGACGAUAACAGGCGAGACGAGGCACCCGACUCCAGGGGCUACGAGAACAGAGCUCCACCGUAUAACAGGCAUGGACGUUCUGCCAACAAAGACAUACACACGCAUUCGAGCGAGCCGUCGGCAACAAAGAAGUUUGCUCCAAGAGACACCGCCUUUCGCCAGAACUUUCCACGCCCGAAUCACGCUAGAGGAUAUCCUGAGCUCGGGCAAACCGAUGGACUUGCAAGCGUUGGGAGAUACUCCGUGGAGUACAAGUCCUCGGGGAGUAGCGAAGUCAAGAAAACUACCAAGGCCUCGCCUCAGUCGUCGAGCAACGAGCCAAAGACCUCAACGUUUGCAAAGGCCAGCGGUGUCGAGCAGGAAGAUGCGAACGCGAGGAACUCAUCCGAGACAAUGUCUUGCACUUUCAGCAGCGAGCCUGUGGAAGCUCCGGCUGCAGUCCCCGUCUUUGGCAGCGUUCCUUCCCUCGGAGACCUCAACGACUUUGAGAAGCCGGUCCUAUCGUUCCAGCCGUCCGAGCUGCGGAGAGAUACUUCCUUCGAGUCCGCAAAGACAGUUCCAGCAUUUUCGGCCCCCGAGCUACAGAAGGAUGCUGCUACUACUCCAAGUUUCACUCCCGCCUCGAGUGCUAGCAACGCAGAACCUUUCGUCCCCAGGCCGAGCUCGGCAGCGUCCUCGGACUCUUCUCUAAGCUCCACCGAAGUCACCCGGACUAAACCAGUAGCAGUAGCAGCAGCUACAAGCCGCAACAGCGAUUCAACAGUUAGCAGCACUACUCACACAUCAUCAACAGCAACUAGCAGCACUACACCGUCGACGAACUCUAGCAACUUUCACAGGAAGAGCGGUGGCCAGGCGAAACACGGCCACCACCACCAUAGGAACAACAGGUCUAACAGCAGCGAGAGCCACCGCCUGGUGGCCCGCGUCUGCGGCAUUCUAAACCAGCACGGCUGGGGAGACGAGACCGUGCGAGCUCUAGCCGGACUCAACGCCAACUUAAACGCGUACCAGGUGAACGAGAUCCUCAAGCAGCAAAAGGAGGCCGGGGUGGCGUACAACUUCUUCAUCUGGGCCAGGAAGCAAGCCGGCUUCAAGCACGACGUCCACACUUACACCACCAUUCUCGGCAUCCUCGGCCGCGCAAAGAGCUUUGACGUUCUCAACAAUCUCCUCGACGAGAUGAUCCGGGAAGGCUGCGAGCCAAACGUGGUGACUUACAACCGGCUCAUCCAUUGCUACGGCCGGGCCAACGAUCUCGACUCGUCGCUCAAGCUGUUCAACGUGAUGCAGAUGGUUGGCUGCGAGCCGGACCGUGUGACUUACUGCACGCUCAUCGAUCUCCAGGCCAAGGCCGGCUUCCACGACGCGGCCAUGGAUCUCUACCGCCAGAUGCAGCACGCCGGCUUCCGGCCGGACACGUUCACCUACAGCAUCAUCAUCCACUGCCUCGGCAAGGCCGGGAAGCUCAACGCGGCCUACAAGCUCUUCUGCGAGAUGACUGACCGCGGCUACGCUCCCAGCCUGGUGACUUACAACAUCAUCAUCGACCUCCACGCGAAAGCUGGCAAGUUUGACAUGGCGCUCAAGCUCUACUCGGAUCUCCAGGAAGUCGGCUACGCUCCGGACCGGGUCACGUAUGGGAUCAUCAUGGAAGUUCUCGGGAACUGCGGCCACAUCGAGGACGCGGAGCAAGUUUUCGAGGAGAUGGAGCGAGCCGGCUGGGUGGCGGACAACCCGAUCUUCGGGCUCAUGGUGGAUAUGUGGGGUAAGACGGGCAACGCCGAGAAGGCCGCGCAGUGGUUUAACCGGAUGCUCGACUCGGGCCUCCAGCCAAACGUCCCGGCUUGCAACUCACUCCUCAGCGCCUACCUGCGCUCCAGCUUCUACGACGCCGCCGGCGGCGUGCUGGGCGGCAUGGCCAAGUGGGGGCUCUACCCGACGCUGCAGACGUACACGUCGCUGCUGAGCAGCUGCGCGGCGUGCCGCGCGGCGUGGGAGUACGACGCGCUGUUCGGCCUCAUGGGCGGGACCGGCCACCCGGCCCACCCGUUCGUCUGCUCGCUACUGGCCUCGGGCGGUACCGCCGGCGGCGCGGUCGUCGGGCUCCCGUACGGGGCCGACGUCCGCGCGGUGUACGGCACGCGUACCGCAGAGAUGGUGGUGGGCAUCCGCUGCUUCUUCGACGCGAUGCAAUUCGAGGAGCUGGAGAGCCGGCGUGGCUUCGCGGACUCGCUCAUCGACUUCCUCCACCGUGCGGGCAAGGCGGUGGCGGCGGGCAGCGUGUGGGAGGUGGCGGCGGAGAAGAACCUCUACCCCAACGCGGUGCGAGAGAAGGCGCCGCAGUACUGGUCCAUCAACCUCCACGUCAUGUCCACGGGCACCGCGCUGGUGGCGCUGGCCAGGACGCUGGCGAUGUUCGCGGAGGCGGUGGUGCGUACGGGGGCGGCGCCGUACAGGAUCGACAUCAUCACCGGGUGGGGGCGGCGGAGCCGGGUGCCCGGCGCGUCGCUCGUCAAGCAGGCGGUGGAGGGGAUGCUGCGAUCGCUCAACUCGCCGUUCCACCUGGAUGGGUUGAAUGUGGGGUGCUUCGUCGGGCAGGGGCCGGCGCUGGCGGAGUGGCUCAAGAUGGUGCCGCUGGAUCUCCACCAGCACCACCAGGGCAAGUUUGCGUGAUUUUGGGAUAGCAGGGAAGGGAUGGGAUGGGAUUCUAAUUUAUGGGAGGAGAGGAGGGCUCUUCUUUCUCCUCCUCCAAGAACAACAUUCUUCUCUCACGCGGGUGUGCGUGGUUUUGGAUUUGUCAUCUUUGGAAAUUCGUCCUUCACCUUGAUUAGAAA